AUGAUUAUAAAGCAGCAAUUAUAUGGGCAGAUAAAGCUUUGUCAAUAGAUUCUAAAAAUGUUUACUCAUUACACACAAAAGGUGAUUAUUGAUUCCUUUCUAUAGGUAAAUCAUUAUGUUCUUUUAGCAUUAGUCAAUUAUUAGAAUGUUAGGAAAUUUUGCUAAAGCACUUGAGAUUCUAGACAAAAAUUGA